UGCGGCCACGCUGGAGCGCGCCCGAGCCAUGACGACGGCAAUGGAUCGUAUUGCUCAAAUGGCGGCGAACGUAAUGGAUAGCAUCGCUCUAAUGGCGGCGACAGCUGUGCCCGUUCACAAAAUGGCGGCCGCGUCGGAGCGCGUCCACACAAUGGCGGCAACGGCGGAGCCCGUUCACAAGAUGGCGGCGAUCACAGAGCUCCGUCACGUCACAGCUGCCAUACAAGAGCCGUUUAAAGGUACAGUUACAUUCCCUGAGUCAAGUCAAGUUGCAACUGUGUUUCCUGAGUCAAGCCAUGUUGUUCCUGAGUCAAGCCAUGUUGUUCCUGAGUCAAGCCAUGUUGUUCCUGAGUCAAGCCAUGUUGUUCCUGAGUCAAGCCAUGUUGUUCCUGAGUCAAGCCAUGUUGUUCCUGAGUCAAGCCAAGCUGGAGCUGUGUCAAACCAAGCUGGAGCUGUGUCAAACCAAGCUGGAGCUGUGUCAAACCAAGCUGGAGCUGUGUCAAACCAAGCUGGAGCUGUGUCAAACCAAGCUGGAGCUGUGUCAAACCAAGCUGGAGCUGUGUUUCCUGUCUCAAGCCAAGUUGCAGAGCCACCGCACAAGAUGGCCGCCACGCCAGAGCCACCGCACAAGAUGGCCGCCACGCCAGAGCCACCGCACAAGAUGGCCGCCACGCCAGAGCCACCGCACAAGAUGGCCGCCUCGCCAGAGCCACCGCACAAGAUGGCCGCCACGCCAGAGCCACCGCACAAGAUGGCCGCCACGUCAGAGCCGGCUAAAGCCCCGUCAGCCAAGCCACAGCCUGCUCAGGCCGUCUCAGUCAAGCCACAGCCUGGUCACGUCAUGUUUUCUGCUCCUGAGUCGGCACCCAUCAUGGCCGGUCUUCCCGAAGCGGUUUCAGACUCAAGUCACGCCCCGCCUGACGGCCCAGACUCAAGUCACGCCCCGUCUGGUCCCAAGUCUGCUCCAGAGAUCACGUCUGACCUCAAGUCUGCUCCAGAGGUCUCGUCCGGUCUCAAGUCUGCGCCAGAGGUCCCGCCUGAUCUCAAGCCUGAUCCUGAGCUCCUGUCUGAUCUCAAGCCUGCUCCAGAGCUCCCGUCUGACCAGGAGACAGACCCAGAGGCCUCACCAGUCGGAGAAGCCGCGCCAAUGCCUCCUGAGGUGUCAGCUUCGGCUGUGGAUCCUCCCAUGGAGGCGGCGUCCCUCUACAGACUCUCUGCUUCUCCCCAUACUCUUUCUACCUCCUCUAUCUCUGCUUUCCCCAGGUCCCAGACCGUAACGCGGAUUCCUGCUCCGCCCGGAGGGCUGCUACGAAACACACACAAACUGUUCUUCUCUCUGCUGUUUAAAAGCUCUGAGUUUGUGGUUCAGAGAGUAAAUAUCAGCAGCACUGAUGGCUGUGCUGAAGCUGUAAAGACGUGUUGA